AUGAUGAAGGUGAUUGUACUGAGCGCACUGCUGGCCAUCGUCCUGAUUCAGGCGGUGGAGCCGGCGACCAAAAUCAAGAUUGAGAUGCUAUUCCUGUUCCUUGGCACACUCGUGUAAAGUACGCAAAGAAGUAGAAUGUGGCAGCGACCAGGACACCUGCCAGAGGUCACACAUCCCCAUAACGGCUCCGAGCGGCAAUGGGAGAACAGAGACAACGACUUCGCCAGCACCAGCGAGGGGAUUAUGGUCCUGGAGCGUUUAUGUACCACCCACCGAUGUGAGAACGCCACAGGAGAAGAACGCACCGCAGGGUGACCGUGAGUGCUGCAAGGGGUCGCUGUGCAUAACUGA